UAUCGGCCGGCGCCGCUCGCCCGGCUGAGCUACUCCCAGUGCUCCUGAGCCGAGGCAGCGGCCCAGGCCAUGCACAGGUAGGAGAGCGGCGGCCCGGAUACCUUCCCGGCGGCGGCUCCGGCGCAGGCGCAGUGAUCGUGGCUGGCUGCUCCGCUCCCCCUCUGGCUCGUGCUGGGGCGCGGGCCCGGGCCGGCACCAUGUGCUGGAGGCGCCGGGGGCUCCCUCAGUGAACCUUCCUCCGCGGAGCCCGCCGCGCCCCAGCUGUCGCAAUGGACACGCAGGGGCCGGCGGGGCCCAGUGCCGCAGCGCGCAGAGACUUCUACUGGCUCCGCUCCUUCGUAGCGGGAGGUGUUGCAGGAUGUUGUGCCAAAACAACCAUUGCACCAUUGGAUCGAGUAAAGAUUUUGCUGCAAGCUCAUAAUCAGCAUUACAAACAUCUAGGAGUGUUUUCUACAUUGUGUGCUGUCCCAAAAAAGGAGGGUUACCUUGGGUUGUAUAAAGGAAACGGGGCAAUGAUGAUUAGAAUAUUUCCAUAUGGUGCAAUUCAGUUUAUGGCAUUUGACCAGUAUAAAAAGCUAAUAAAGAAGAAGCUUGGGAUUUCUGGGCAUGUGCACAACUUAAUGGCUGGAUCCAUGGCAGGUACAGCUUUAUUUUCACUUUCAAACACCACCUAUUUUCAAAGGAUGAAGGUACAAUACAAAAGGAGCCAUUCAGCUAACUCCUUGAGAUGUAUAACAGCAGUCAUUUGUACUUACCCUCUUGAUAUGGUUAGAGCACGUCUGGCAUUCCAAGUGAAAGGAGAGCACAAGUACACAGGAAUUAUUCAUGCAUUCAAGACUAUUUAUACAAAGGAAGGAGGUUAUAUUGGAUUUUACAGAGGACUGAUGCCAACAGUUGUAGGAAUGGCUCCUUAUGCAGGUUUUUCAUUUUUUACCUUUAGUACCUUAAAGAGCAUUGGACUUGCCCAAGCACCUAGCCUGCUUGGAAGGCCUUCCUUAGAUAAUCCUGAAGUCUUAGUUUUGAAAACACAUGUAAGCUUGCUGUGUGGCGGCUUGGCUGGAGCAAUAGCACAGACAAUAUCAUAUCCACUUGAUGUAACUCGUAGGCGAAUGCAGUUAGGAUCAGCUCUUCCAGAUGCUGACAAGUGCCUUACAAUGGUGCAGACACUGAAGUAUGUAUAUAGGCACCAUGGAAUACGAAGAGGAUUAUACCGUGGUUUAUCUCUGAAUUAUAUUCGUUGUAUACCUUCCCAGGCUGUGGCUUUUACCACAUAUGAGUUUAUGAGACAGUUGUUGCACCUCAACUAAAUUUUUUUCGUAAACUUCACUGAAAAACUACAGUUAUCAGUCUUCAUGUUAUGUUUGAGUAAAUUACUUGAAAUGGGAAAUUUAAUCUGUCACUGUGAACUAUUGGAAUUUUAGUGCUUAAUUUUAUUUGCCAAAAAAAAAAAAGCAUGGAGUAAUAGAACCUUUUGGAGUCAGAACAGGAAAUUGCCUAACAUGGACAUUAGCUAGCUAUAACCAACUCUUUGCACUUGUACCUGUAGGCUCCAUUUGGUUAAUACAAAUAAAUUAUAUAAUUUAAUUUACAUCACUGUUAAAAUGAAAGGAACCAGAUUUUGAUACGGGUUUCAAACUGUUUGCUGUUUAGCUUUGUGAUGUCAUUCCAGGAUUUUAAUAUUAUUUAUCAUUGUAUUGCUUGUUAAUCCAGAAGUUAAACAUCUAAUUUUCUUAACUAAAUAAAUAAGAUUAAAUUAACUUGAAUAAAAUGAACCUAAUUUUCACUUGCUUGUGAGAUUUUGUAAAAGUAGAACUUGGUAGCCCACAAUUUAAGGGUUGCUCUAUUUUAUUGCAUAUGAAUUGUUUGUGUACAGUUAAAUAAAAUAAUGUUCUGUAUCUUCUGAUGGAUAAACAUUUCAAGAAAUAUGAAACUCUUCAACUGUUUCAAUAAAUACUAGUAAUGAGAUUAAUUUAAAAACAGAAUCUUGUGAUUUGGAAGUCAGUAACUUUGCUUGUUAUCUUUUAAAAACAAUGCUAUUACUAAGUAUGCUAUUAACUUAAAAUAGGAUCUGAUAAAUGAAAACUCCUACAUUUCAAUAACAAAUGUUAGACAGAGGUCUCUGGGCCCAAUCCUGCAAGAUAUUGCAUACCAUUUUGUAAGGUGUUGAAUGCUCUCAAGUCAAUUUUUUGGAAGUUGAGGGCACUCUACACCUUGUCACAUUAGCCCCUAAAUACAUAUUUGUCUUUGUGUUUUGACAGAGGAGAAAGUAGGAACAAGACUGUGUGUGCUGCAGCAUUUACCUAUUGGGGUAGGGGAAAAUAAAGACUGUACUGGAGUUUGUUUACAAGUGUGGACAGUAAUAGUUUGACUAUAUACAAUGGGGGGUGUGCUAUGCUGGCUAUGCAGUAUAGUGUACAGUAUACUAUUACACUGAUUUUUUUUCUGCUACAGUUGCUGCUCUUCUUGAGGUAGGAAAUGACUUUAACAGAUCUGCUCAUACAUGAUUUACACUGGUACAAUUUCAAUUUAAAGAACUUCUUCUUAGCUGAAGAAACUGUAAAACUAGAAUAACUAUUCUUUCAGUCAUUUACUGUUAAGUAACGCAAGUUUAUUUAUUGAUUUGUAAAUAUUUUGAGUGAUGUCCUGGUAAUGGAUAUAUUAACUGAAAUAGCGAUUUCAUAAUCAAUAUCACUUAUUUUUGACAACAAGGCCACAACCUAUAAUUUAAGUUUAUAUAUCAAGAAUAACUUUUGUGGUUGGAAUUUUUUUCAUUUUAUUAAAAUAUAUAUUUCUUUGAUAUUUACCAAUGUUGUUGGCAAAGAAUGAGAUGUAUUUGAAUUUAUUUUAUUAAAAAAACCUUGAAUAACAAUAAAAAUAUCUUUAUAUGAUUUGUAAAUAUUGCAGAUGAUAGAAAUGCAUGUUUCUGGAAUUAUACUAUAUUGCCCCUUGUAGAUAAACAUAAACAGAGUUGUCAUGCUUCAUUAAAAAUGACUACAGUUAA